AUGGGUAAGUAUAAAACAUCAACAAAACGUAUUUAUCAGAUUUGGAGAGGGGAAGAAGCUAAUAGAGUUCUCUGGGAUCAACCUAUACCCCACGAUGAUGAUGAUGACUCUAAUCAAAAUUUAAAUAUUUUGCAUGAUGUGUUUACCUCUGACAAUAAUUCAUCUAAUAUAAAUGAUAUAAUUUACUCUAAAGUUUCACUAGAUAAAUCAGCAGAGAUAACACGACCAAAGACGAGUCAAAGACUCGAAGCUCAGCUUCCUCAAAAUUCUAAUUCCUCACGUGCAGUAAAAAAAAGUGUCUCUUCUGAUAGGAACAAAGUCCCAUGUCUCAAAGAGACACCCCCUACGGGUCUGCAAAGCAAUAAUAUAUCCAGAAGGAAAAACGAUCUUGAAAAAUUAUUGAAAGAUACUGAAAGAUUAGCUCCUAUGCUCCCAUCUUUGUCUCA